CCAAAAGUGACCUUAAACAGGCGUUCUAUUCAAUGUCCAAUGUUAUAAACGUGUAAAUAAAUAUAAAUCCUCACCGAACGUGAAAGUCCGCUAGCAUCCAAAGGAAGGCACUUUAGCCUAUUUAUUUGUCUAUCAUCUCAGAAGUCUUGUUCGAAGAAAAUUCGAAGGGUGGAAAAUGAAUCAGCCCCUCUCUUUAUCUCUCUCUUCCUCCCUCUCUUUAUCUCUGAUUCCCUCCAAGUUUUGUAUACCCCGGAGGAGACCCGGCGUUCUCCACUCGAAUGCGCAUGCUUCGUCUGCUCUAUCUCUAUCCAACCCUGUCCUUUUCAGAUCUUCCAUAAACCAGAGAAAAGCAAGUCAUAUCGUAGUUUCUUCUCCUUCUUCUUCUUCUCCUCGUCCUCGUUCUUCUUCCCUUGAUAUCGAUGCAAGCAGCAGUGACAUUGCAGUUGACUACUCUCCCUUUAUUAAAAUCUACAAAGAUGGUCGAGUAGAGCGAAUGGUAGGCACGGAGGUCGUUCCUCCAUCCCUCGAUCGCCAAACAGGGGUUGAAUCCAAAGACGUCGUUAUCUCCCCAGAAACAGGCGUGUCUGCCAGGCUUUACAGACCCAAUACCACCAGCCAGACCCGGAAAAAACUUCCUCUCCUUGUUUAUUUUCAUGGUGGAGGCUUUUGCGUCGACACUGCUUUCUCUCCCCGAUACCAUAGGUACCUUAACUCCCUCGUUGCCGAAGCCAAUGUUGUUGCUGUCUCUGUCGACUAUAGGAGGGCCCCAGAACACCCUGUUCCUGUUGCUUACGACGAUUCAUGGGAUGUGCUUAAAUGGGUUGCGUCCCAUGUUGGUGGUAAGGGUCCAGAUGAAUGGCUAAAAAACCAGCUUGUAGAUUUUGGAAGAGUGGUUUUUGCCGGGGACAGCGCUGGGGCUACUAUUGCGCACCACAUGGGCUUGAGAGUAGGCGCAGAAGGAUUGAGUGGUGUCAAGCUCCAAGGGAUUGUGUUAGUUCAUCCAUAUUUCUGGGGCAAAGAACCAAUUGGUGGCGAAGUGGCCGAGGCUGAGAAGAAAGCAAAAAUCGAUGCUUUGUGGCGUUUUAUUUUCCCAGCGACAAGUGGGUGCGAUGACCCGAACAUAAAUCCAGCUACGGAUCCCAAACUGGGGAGCUUGGGAUGUGGGAAAGUGCUGGUUUGUGUUGCGGAGGAGGAUUUGUUGAGGGAUAGAGGGUUGUAUUACCGUGAAUUACUGGAGAAUAGUGAGUGGGGAGGGGUUGUUGAGGUCAUGGAGACAUCGGGGGAGGGCCAUGUGUUCCAUUUGGACAACCCAGAUGGUGAAAAUGCUGUGGCUAUGCUCGACCGGAUUGUUUCUUUCAUCAAUUGGCGCGAGCCCUGAGAGACACAGAAACAACAUUGGUUGCAGUACCAGAAAAUUGGGUCCAUUUGGCUUUGGGUCAUGUGCACCCAUAUGCAUGCAAGGGUCGUUGUUUGGUAUUUGAUUGAUAUUGAAAGUAUAUGGUAUCUAUUCGACUAUUCAGCCUGAUUGAAUGUAUA